CUGGCAGAAGUGCUGUAAGAUCAGUUUUCGCUUUACUAUCAUCUGUGUAUUUACGUUCGGCGCGAGGGGCAAAUUUUAUAAGAAGUGACUAAUGAAGUCCAGUGUGAAGUACAUACAGACGGUGGCGGGCAAAGAUUUUGGAACCUAAGCUUUCCUUAAAAAUAUAUAACAACAGUUCCGUAUUUUGUCGCUGUCUAUAUUUGAAGAACCUGAUGCAGAAUGAUAGGUGCCAGUAUGAAUGUAUCCACUGUGGAAACCAAAUACAGGACCUUUUCAAGAAGUACAGUGCUACUGUACUGAAGCUGACAGAAUGUCAAAAUUGCAAGAACAUUGCUGACAAGUAUAUUGAAUAUGACCCUGUAAUUGUUAUGAUUGACCUGGUUCUGCUGAAUGAGCAAGCUUACCGACACAUCUUGUGGAAUACUGGCUUUGAGGGCCAUUGGAAGCUUGCAGCUGUGUUGCUUUUGGCUGAAACAUAUUGCGAAUGGGUGUCCAUGAAGAAACAGUAUUCUCCAUUAAGCAAUGGAGGCUAUAAAAGUACAGAACUUAUGUUUGAAGGAGAGAAAUACUUUUACAUCACUUGCUUGCAAGUCCUUUUUGGUCACAUGCUGCUUCUUGCUACAGUGUUAGCAGUAACAAAGCUGUAUUGGAUUGUUUUUCCAAAAAAAUAUCAAGAAAAUUUUACAUUUUUGAUCUUUUGGAAGGCAUUUGUUCUGUCAAAUUUUGGAAAAUUUCUUACAGUUGCAGAGUUAAUAUGGGAUGGCAAUGGAAAUGGAAUAACAAGUUCGUUUGUUGCAAUCUACGUAUAUCUCUCACAGUUACACUCUUACUCAGUCAUUUCCAAGACCUCAAAAACAGUGGCUGGUUUUGUGGUACUACUUGGAUUUUUUACAAAAACAAUCAUAACAGAAUCAGAAACACUGCAUGUACAGCUUUACAAAUAUGCAAUGUAAAUCUGGGAAGGAUGUGAUUUCAAGGAGUUAAGAGAAAUAAAGAAUAGAUUGAUGGUGUUGAAUAAA